UGAUAAAAAACAGAAGCCCAGUAGUCAAAGAGCAGAUUUUCAAAAUGGGACACUUUAAUUUUCUUAUUUUAGCCGCUUUUUUCUCCGUCACGUCCACACAGUUUAUACCGCCGUAUACAGAAGACUGCCGGACAGACAUGUACCCACCAAAUGGUCCCACGUUCAAAGGAGACGUCAGCUGGUACACUGUGGACCUCGACUUACCACCCAAAGAGAGAUGGGCGGCUGUGAUCUCCGACAAAAAAAACUAUCUGGUCUCGAUGAUUCAAGCCAUCAGAGACUUGGCAGAUGCUUUUGUGCCCAGUGGACGACUGGUAGAGAUGGUUGACCUUAUACUGCCUUUAAUGGUAAACACGCUCCCAAAUCCAUUUCGUGAUGAGAUCAAAGGAAUUGCUGAAGUUUCAGGAGUUCCUCUUGGUGAAGUAGUCUUGUUUAACAUCUUCUAUGAGGUGUUCACUGUGUGCACAUCAGUUGUUGCAGAGGAUGAGAAAGGAAACCUCCUCCAUGGAAGAAAUUUAGAUUUUGGACUAUUUAUGGGCUGGGAUGAGAAGAACAAGUCAUGGACCAUCAGUGAGAAGCUGAAGCCCCUCGUGGUCAACCUGGAUUUCAAAAGAAACCAGCAGACGGUUUUUAAGUCGACAAACUUUGCCGGCUAUGUCGGCAUGCUCACGGGCAUCAAACCUCAUAUAUUCACUUUAACGAUGAACGAGCGCUUCAGCGUCGACGGAGGAUACAUUGGAAUCAUGGAGUGGGUCAUGGGACAAAGAGAUGGGAUGUGGAUGAGCUUUCUCACUCGAUCUGUUCUAGAAAAUGCAAAUAGCUAUGAAGAAGCCAAAAAGACACUGGCUCAGACCAAGAUGCUCGCUCCAGCUUACUUCAUCCUCGGAGGUAACCAAACGGGGCAGGGCUGCAUCAUCACCAGGUCCAGGCUGCUCAGCAUUGAUGUCUUGGAGAUUGAUGUGAAACUGGGCCGCUGGUACGUCUUGGAGACAAACUACGACCACUGGGAGGAUCCUUUUUUCCUGGACGAUCGGAGGACUCCUGCCAUGACGUGUAUGAACCGGACCACGCAGGCGAACAUCUCUGUGAGAACACUGUACGACAUGCUCUCAACCAAACCAGUGUUAAACAAGCUGACCACAUACACAACUCUGAUGAAAGUGUCGGAGGGAAAACUGGAGUCGUACAUCCGGGACUGUCCAGAUCCGUGCAUGCCUUGGUGAUCCUACGAACAGACUCCUGAUCAGUUUGCAGAAUGCCUGAAGGUUGAUUCAUCUCGGUACAAAGUGUCAAGCUUUUAAGUUUCCACAGUAACUACUGACCUGAGCACUUUUGUAACGCUGCUGUCAUUUCUCACAUUUAAAGAUACAGCUCAAAUCUUUUCUGUGGAAAAGUUUUAAACGGUACCUUACCUGUUGAAGGACCUCAGUUUGAAGGAAUGGUUCAAUUCUGACCAGAUUGACGAGCUAAUAGGUAGGCCAAGAGAGGACAUUUAAAUCUUCAGUUUGUGUUCUUUUACAAGCCUUUACAUCGUAAAUUUCACAUUAGUUAUUUAUCUAGAAUUCAUUGGUUAUUUGCAAGCAUAAACGGUGUCAGUAGCAGCUAGCUGUAGCACCUUU